AUGGCGGGCGCGGGGGGCGCGGGGGGCGCGGGCGGGGCGGCCCCGGUGCCCCCCUGGUACCACCGGGACCUGAGCCGGGCGGCGGCCGAGGAGCAGCUGGCGCGGGCCGGGCGGGACGGCAGCUUCCUGGUGCGGGACAGCGAGAGCGUGGCGGGGGCCUACGCGCUCUGCCUGCUGUUCCAGAAGCACGUCCACACCUACCGCAUCCUGCCCGACGAGGAGGAUUUCCUGGCUGUGCAGACGUCGCAGGGGGUGCAGGUGCGGCGCUUCAAGACGCUGAGCGAGCUAAUCGCCCUGUACCUGCAGCCCAACCAGGGGCUGGUCUGCACCCUGCUCUUCCCUGUCGAGAGGGAGAAAGAGAAGGAGACCGUGGAGGACAGGGACUACUCGGAUGGAGAGGAUGAGAAGCCGCCGCUGCCACCACGCUCUGGCUCCACCAGCUUCUCCAGUACCUCGGCCGGGCUCAGCCCCACUAGCCUGGGACCAGCCGUGCCGGAGGGGCCGGCAGAGAGUGCCAACGGGCUCAGCAGCAUCUCCCACGAGUACCUGAAGGGCAGCUACACCCUGGACCUGGAGGCAGUGAAGGGGGGGGCCAACAGCCUCCCCCACCUCAACAAGACCCUUGUCACCUCCUGCAAACGGCUGCACAGUGAGGUGGACAAGGUGCUGGCAGGGCUGGAGAUCCUCUCCAAAGUGUUUGACCAGCAGAGCUCCCCCAUGGUUUCCAAGAUCCUGCAGCAGACAGCAGGGCAGAGCGGGGAGCAGGAGCUGGAGAGCCUGGUGCUGAAGCUGUCUGUGCUGAAAGAUUUCCUCUCCUCCAUCGAGAAGAAGGCACUGAAGGCCCUGCAGGAGAUGAGCUCGGCUGCCCCCACCGCCCCCCCCCAGCCCCUGUCCCGCAAGGCCAAGAGCAUCCCAGUGCAGACCUUCGAGGUGAAGCUGGACAUCACCCUGGGGGACCUGACCAAGAUUGGGAAGUCACAGAAGUACACACUGAGUGUGGACGUGGAGGGGGGGAAGCUGGUGGUGCUGAAGAAGCAGAAGGACUCCCAGGAGGACUGGAACACCUUCACCCAUGACAAGAUCCGGCAGCUGAUCAAGUCACAGCGAGUGCAGAACAAACUGGGCAUCGUUUCUGAGAAGGAAAAGGAUAAAACACAGCGGAAAGACUUUGUUUUCGUCAGUGCCCGGAAGCGUGAGGCUUUCUGCCAGCUCCUGCAGCUGAUGAAGAACAAGCAUUCCCACCAGGAUGAGCCUGACAUGAUCUCUAUCUUCAUUGGCACCUGGAAUAUGGGCAGCGUCCCCCCCCCUAAGAACAUCACCUCAUGGUUCACCUCCAAGGGGUUGGGCAAGACCCUGGAUGAGGUGACGAUGGCCAUCCCCCAUGACAUCUACGUCUUCGGCACCCAGGAGAAUUCCCUGGGAGACAAGGAGUGGGUGGACUUCCUGCGCACUGUCCUCAAGGACUUCACGGAGGUCGAGUACCGCCCGGUGGCCAUGCAGUCCCUGUGGAACAUCAAGGUGGUGGUGCUGGUGAAGCCGGAGCACGAGAACCGCAUCAGCCACGUCAGCACCUCGAGCGUCAAGACGGGGAUCGCCAACACCCUGGGGAACAAGGGUGCUGUGGGCGUCUCCUUCAUGUUCAAUGGCACCUCCUUUGGCUUCGUCAACUGCCACCUCACCUCUGGCAAUGAGAAGACGGCACGGAGGAACCAGAACUACCUGGACAUCCUGCGCCUACUCUCGCUGGGGGACAAGCAGCUGAGCUCCUUUGACAUCUCCCUCCGCUUCACCCACCUCUUCUGGUUUGGGGACCUCAAUUACCGCCUGGACAUGGACAUCCAGGAGAUCCUCAACUACAUCAGCCGCAAGGAGCUGGAGCCGCUGCUGAAGGUGGAUCAGCUCAACCUGGAGAAGGAGAAGCACAAGGUGUUCCUGCGCUUUGGUGAGGAGGAGAUCACCUUCCCCCCCACCUACCGCUACGAGCGGGGCUCCCGGGACACCUAUGUCUGGCACAAGCAGAAACCCACAGGGGUGCGUACCAACGUGCCGUCCUGGUGCGACCGCAUCCUCUGGAAAUCCUACCCCGAGACUCACGUCAACUGCAAUGCUUAUGGAUGCACGGAUGACAUCGUCACCAGUGACCACUCACCCGUCUUCGGCUCCUUCGAGGUGGGAGUGACAUCCCAGUUCGUCUCCAAAAAAGGGCUCUCCAAGUCCUCGGAGCAGGCGUACAUCGAGUUUGAGAGCAUCGAGGCCAUCGUGAAGACAUCCAGUCGCACCAAGUUCUUCAUCGAGUUCUAUUCUACCUGCCUGGAAGAGUUCAAGAAGAGCUUCGAGAAUGACAGUCAGAGCAGCGACAACAUCAACUUCCUCAAAGUGCAGUGGUCUUCCCGGCAGCUGCCGACGCUGAAGCCCAUCCUCUCUGAGAUCGAGUACCUGCAGGACCAGCACCUCCUGCUCACCGUCAAAUCCCUCGAUGGCUACGAGUCCUACGGGGAGUGUGUCAUCGCCCUGAAGUCGAUGAUUGGCAGCACAGCACAGCAGUUCCUCACCUACCUGUCCCACCGUGGCGAGGAGACCGGCAACAUCCGUGGCUCCAUGAAGGUCCGGGUGCCCACUGAGCGCCUGGGCACCCGUGAGAGGCUCUAUGAGUGGAUCAGCAUUGAUAAGGACGAGACAACAGCCGGCAAAGGGAAGGUGCCUCUGAGUGCCAGGGCCACCCAGGACUAUGCCAAGUCUGUGGGGCGGAAGCCCACCGGUGCUGAGCCCCCCACUGCCAACCCAGCGAAGCUUCUGGAGGAGCCCGAGAAGGGAAGCACUGCAGCAGGCCCCUGGCCCCCUGCCCCACACCGUGGCACCCCCAGGGACGAGGCUGCCCCGAGCCGGUCCAAGGCAGAGGCGGUGCCAGAGCUGUCGGGGGCUCCCCUGAAGAACAGCUUCAACAAUCCGGCGUACUACGUCCUGGAAGGGGUCCCCCACCAGCUGCUGGCACCGGGGGAUCCCGGCAAGCCCCCCAAGGCCAAGGUGCAGCUGGCGGUGCCGGAACGCCGCCGGCAGCCUUCGGCGUGCCGUGGUGACGAGAGCGAGGAGGAGGAGGAUCUCGGCACCCUCAACCUGCCGCCGCCGGAUUUUCCCCCGCCGCCACUGCCGCGGGAGCUGGAGCUCCCCCCAAACCCCUUCUUUGGCACCCCCAAGGAGCCGCCGGUGCCCGCCGCGCGUGAGGACCCCAAAUCCCACCCUGCUGCCUUUGGAGAGGCUCCCCUGCCCAAGCUGCACCCCCGGCCACCCCCGGCUGCCGGGGCUGGAUUCGGGAUGGAGGGGGCUUGUGGGACCCCCGUUACCGGGGGGCUGCCUGCAGUGGGGGGGCUGCCUGCAGUGGGGGGGCUGCCGGGUGCUGGGGGGCUGCUGGAUGACCGCUCCUGCUCGGUGCUGCAGAUGGCCAAGACGCUGAGUGAGGUGGACUACGGGGGUGGGAAGGGGAGGGUGGCCCCACCCCCACCGCUGCUGGCCAAGGGGGGGCUGCCCCCCCGCUGCCUGCCCCCCGACUAUGGCCGCCCCCUCGCCUUCCCGCCCCACUCCAUCCGGGAGAGCAUCCAGGAGGACCUGGCCGAGGAGGUGCUGGGCCGUGGCGUGGGCACCGUGCCCGGCGUGGGCGAGUGGCUGCGGGCGCUGGGGCUGGAGCGGUACGAGGAGGGGCUGGUGCGCAAUGGCUGGGAUGACCUGGAGUUCCUCAGUGACAUCACGGAGGAGGACCUGGAGGAGGCUGGAGUGCUGGAGCCCGGCCACAAGCGUGUCCUCCUGGAGAGCCUCCAGCUCCGCAAGUAGCUGCCGCCGCACACCCGGCGUCCCGUGCGUCCCACAGCCCGGCAUCCCACAUCCUGCGGCUGCACACCCUGCGGCCCAGCACCCGAAAUCCUGCAGCAACCAAAUCCUGCAGCCACACAUCCCAGACCUUGCAGUCGCGUGUCCCGUGGCCCAGCAUCCCGCGUCCCGCAGCCGCACGUCCCGGGUCCCGUGGGUGUGCAUUCCACAUCCCGGAUCCUGCGGCCGAGCAUCCCGGAUCCCAUGGCCGUGCAUCCCGGAUCUUGCAUCUGAGCAUCUUGCAUCCUGCAGCUGAGGAUCCCUCGUGCCAUGGUCACACAUCCCGCAUCCACGCAUCCCACCAUCACCAGCAGCCAGUGGGAGCUCCGGGACCCCCACGGCCUGCCCCCCAUCUCGGGUGCUGGGUAACGGGAUGGGGAGGGGGGAGGGGGGGACAGGGUGGGUGGUGGGUUCUGGUCAGACAAUUUCACAGGGGGGUCCCUAUGGGGCAUCCUCACAUAUAAGUUAUUUCUUAUUUAUUGGAAGAAGGGCUGGGGGAAGGGCUGUUGAGGGGGAACCCUGGGAGCCCUGGCUCCCCCCACAGCCCCUCACAGCUAGGAGGAGGAGGAGGAGGAGGAGGCGCUGAGCAAAGUCGUGUCUCAAUCCAAGUGCCUUCAUGAUGCCCAGCCAGCACUGGGAUGGGAUGGGAUGGGAGGGCUUGGCCAGCCCCCACGGACAACACUGGGCGGAGCUUAGGGUCUCCAUCCCCACCCCAAGGAUCCUGUCCCCACCCUGAAAGUCCCAUCCCCACUCUGAGGGUCCCUGUCCCCACCCCCAGCGUCUCUGUCCCCACCCCAGGGCACCGAUCCCCACCCUGAGGGUCGCUGUCCCCAACACAGGAGUCCCACCCCUACCCUGUGGGUUUCUGUCUCCACUCCGAGGGUCCCUGUCCCCACCCCAGGGAUCCAUGUCCCCACCCUGGGGAUGUCCCGUCCCCUCCCUGGGAGUCCCUGUCCCCACCCUGGGAGAUGCCCAUCCUCACCCCAGGGGUGCCAUCCCCAUCCCUGGAGGUUUCUGUCCCCACCCCAGGGAUCCCUGUCCCCAUCUUUGGGGGUCCCAUCCCCACCAUGGAGGUCCCUGUGCCCGCCCUGGGAGUCCCUACCCCGGGAGUCCCACUGCAGCAGUCAGAUCAGUGCCUUCACCCAGACCCCACCUCACACCACCAGUGCCUCCGGGGUGUGCCCCCACUCCCAGUUUGCCCAUUAGGUACUUGCUGGGUCCGUCCCCGCCCCGGGGGUCUCUGUUUCCCUCGGGGGCAGUGGGGCUGGCACCCAGGUCCCCCCGUGGGUGCUCAGCCCCCAACCUCACCAAGUGCCCUUCCAGGGGGGUCCCUAGGGUGGGGAUCCCCCAGCCAUGCCUUCCUUGCUGGGAUGACCCCUCCAGACUCUCCCUGUCCCCAGGGGGCUGGUGGGCAAUGCCACCCCCAUCCCCUCCCUCCCCUCACUCCGGCUGAGAUGAAGGAUGGGCCGGCCCCCCCAACAGCCCCCCAAAAUCCCCUGACUGUUUGUUACUGGGGUGUUCGGUGUGAACUUCCCCCCACUAAACCCCUGUCUUGUCGUGCCCUGUGUUUGGUGGUUUUUGGUAAAUCUGGACUGAUUUUUGUUACAUUUCA